UUCGGAGCUGCCGUCGGGCUCGGGUUACGGGAGUGCAAUGUUUGAAACACUGUGUACAUAGAAAGAUAGAACGCUCAAUGACCUUUUUCACAGAAGUUACGAUCUCCUGUUGUAUAAUUAGAAGCGCGUGCAGAGCGCGUGUACCUAAGACAGCGGUGUGUGAUUUUCAAGAGCAUUGUGGAUGCAGUAUAGGAACAAAAUGGCGACUACUUCGGACGUGCUUCUCCGGUACGGGGAUGAUGCAUAUAAUGUAAAAGAUUUUGACAUCGCUGCUAGCUUUUAUUCGUCCGCAGCUACUCAAAAUGUUGUUUCUGAUUAUUCAGAAAUUCUCAAAAAGAGAUCUAAAUGCUAUUAUAAGACUGGGAAGUACGCGCGAGCAUUCGAUGACAUUGUAGAAAUUUUGAAAAUAUGGCCGUCAUGGACAGAAGGAUACAUUUACGCGGGAAGUUGUCUUACAUACCUUAAGGACCUAAAGAAUGCCAUGUUGAUGUACACACGUGGAUUAAAUUUGGAUCAUGGGAAUGAAGUUAUUCAGAAAGGUUUGCUCAAUGUCAAGGCUAAACUGUCGGAGAAUGGCGGGACCACGUAUGACCCACUGACCCUCUGUACACAGGACGCGUACCCGGGGGACGAGGAACUUGUCAAAAUGGAACAGACGAAACUAGAUAAAAUUGGAUCAGUUGAAAUUCCAGAAUUUUUGAACGUUCCAGACACACUAAAACUUAGAGGCUUGAUACAGAGUGUUUGUAAACACAAAGAGGACGGGGAUUAUAAUCUCGCAGAAUCGUCCUUGGUUGCUGCCAUUCGUGAGGAUGCAGAUAACUACAGUCUUUGCCACGUACUAGCAGAGAUAUUGUACCAAAAAAACAACCACGAAAAGGCUUUUCAAUAUUGUGAGAUGAUUCCAAAGCAUUUGAGAUCAUUUGACACCUGGAUAUUAGGAAGUAAGAUUAGACAUGCUUUAAAUGCACAUGUGUCUGCGGAAUUGUGGUUGAGGUAUGCCACGAAAUUUGGAGGUAAGCGAGCAGAGGAGGCGGCCAUGGUGUUCCAGGAUGUACGAGUGCAGCGUUUGUAUGAUCCUUUGACUUCCGGUACAAAAGUAAACAUCCGGUUCACAGAGUUUGGUAGAACAAUGCAUUGUACGGAGGAACUCAACAAAGGAGCAUAUUUGUUCAGGGAGGAGCCGCUAAUAAUCGCGCAAACUAUCGACACUCUUGAUGUUCAGGCUUGUGGACACUGUGGAAAAAGUAUGAUCACCGCGGAACAAUACUUUGGCCAGGGAGUGUUUCGACAGAAUAACCAAAUCCGAGCUGCAGUCGAAAAGUACUGGCCAAAAAAAACCGUGUACUCGUGUGAAAAAUGUGAAACAGAAGUUUACUGUAGCAAGUCGUGUCGCACAGGGGCUUGGGAAGAUUAUCAUCAAAUUUUGUGUUCUUCGACGAACAAAAAUAUUGACAAACUGCACCAUGUUUGUCAACAGUUUAAAAAACUUCGUGAAGAGAAUUGUCGAGUCUGGGACGGUGUUUGGAAUGCUGCGUUUAGUCCCAUGACUCUAGCACAGCUCUGGGCAAGGAUUAUAUGUGACGCCAAGAGGAUAGCCAAGGCCCGAGGGGGGACAACUCCAGAUCGUCGAGAUAUGGCAAAGGCUAAAGCGAAAUAUAGAAGGUUCAUUGCCUAUGGAUCGGCUAGAAAUGCCAGGGUAGUGCCUAAAAUGAUGGCAAUCAUGCGAGAGAUAUUCAGCGACCUUGCGGACGGUGUAACCAUGGAGAUCACAGAUAAAGAGUUCGAGGGCAGGUAUUUCCAGAUCGCGUGCAACAUCCAAGAGUUCGCAGACCCUGAGCCUCCAUACAAGUCAUUCGUGGCAAACGCCAAAGCCAAACCACAGGUUUGGGCUUGCGUUAGUCCCCACAUCCGGUCAGAACCUCCAGAGGCGACUUUCACUGGCUUGUUCAUGCUUCAUGCAUGUAUGAAUCACUCGUGUGACAAUAAUGCCGAGGUCCGUGACCGCUUUGUGGACGGUAGACCCGGAAUAGCACUGCAGACAAAGAAGACCAUUGCUGCGGGACAAGAAGUGACGAUCUCUUAUAUAGACAACCAGAUGUGUCGUCAGGACCGUCAAAGCUGGUUGUACCAGUCGUACAACUUCUGGUGUAUGUGUACAAAGUGUCAGUUUGAGGGAGACGACUCGACUUCUUGCACAAACUGCAAAAAGCAAGCGUCACGUGACAAACUUUUCCCAGCAUGCAGUCGGUGUCAUCACGCAUGGUACUGUUCAUCGCAUUGCCAGAAAGUGGCAUGGAAGAAAGGUCAUAAAUCGAUAUGUAACAAAUAGGUACGAUAAACAUGCGUAUGUCGCCAAAGUCAGCACAGGACACACAUUUGACAUUGAGAGUAUUCAAGUUCGGCCAUGAUAAUUAGAAAAUCUACGAUUUCAAUCGGACAUUUACGAAAACUCCUUUCAUUAUUACCGGACACGACUAAUAAUAAUAUACAGCAUUUAUAUAGCGCCCUAUAUAAUUUGUAAAAUUACUCUAAGGCGUAGUGUGUCCGUUUCCAUGUGGCGCCAAACUACGUGUAACUACAUGUAACUACGUACAAUAGCUAUAGGUUAAUGAAAUCUGACAAAAUGCAUUGUUUUGCAACAUGUUCCCAGUUGGUUACUCCGUAGGUAGUACUCAUUUUAAUUACAGUUUAACAGAAAAAUGUUUUUGCUGAGAAAUACGUAUGACGUUAUUAGUUUCCUAUCAAUCCAAAACCUCUACAAUAAUAAGUACUUGUGUGAUGGUUUCAUAUUUGACCUACUAUGCCGGAAUACCUCGUUCAUAUUAAUGUACCUUAAUAUCAUUUUAUCACAUGGUUACCGGACCCGUCUGUAAAUAUGUGAGUGCCGUAUGUUUCUCUAACGAGUUCUCAUUUCGUGUGACUUUCAUGAAACGAGCUUUAGACGGUUUCAGAAUUCGCAAUACGGUCAGUCACAAGGUAACAUAAAUGUAGAUAGAACUGAAAAAUCUACAUAAACAAUCUGAACUUCUAACCAUCUCGAAACUUCAGAUGAUUUUUUUGUUUAUAUGUGUUUUUAUUUAUUUCUGUUUCGUAGUAUCGAUAAUAGAUUUGUUUAAGUUAAAUUGACUGUGUGAUAUCUUAACCUUUCGUUAAGUCAAUUGUCCUUAAUACCUCAUAGAUAUUGAUGAAAUAUGUAUAUUUAUCAAAGUGUUUAUCCUAGCCAUUCCUUGUGUACUUUAAAUGAUCAGGUAACAGCUCACCAUUGUCAAUCGACGUUCAUUAGAAUCAUUUACAACGAAGCCAGUGGACAUUUGAAAUAUGACAUAACAGGCGAAUUCGUUACAGACAUUUGUGUGCAUGGGAUGUUUCAAGCAAAAAUUAAUCAUUCAUGUAUUUUACUCUUUUCAUGUACUAAUCUUCGUAAAUAUUUAUCUCCGGAUUCCGUGAUAAUUUACAUUAUGUCUUAAUAACGAGAAAAAAAGCCUCAUAUGUGCUCACCUGUAUUCAGUGUUGUCAUCCUUGCAGUAAACGAUUCCUGCAUCUGCACUUAUCGCGAAUUCAUUUAGCAUCAGUUUCAGAAUUUAAUCUGAAAUCGUGAUAUUUUUCCGGUGUGCAUAUGUGCGUGUGUGAGGUUUUCGUAGCGUAACGGUAGUGCAUACUCCAUUGAACGACCCAUAUGACAUUCCCUUCCCAUGAUACCCCAUUUUCUAUUACCACGUGAUACCUAUUUUUUUAUUGUCACGUGAUACAACAUUUUAUAUUAGUCAUGUGAUACACUAUUUUAUAGUGCCAGUUUGAUCCCUUUACCGUUAGGUGUGUUGUGAGUUAUCAUGAGAUACAAUAAAAGCCUAUUGGUAGUUAC